AUGGAAAUGUUCGUCUUGCUGAUUCUGACAGCAACGUUAUUGACGUCGCUGUCGCAAUGCCAGGUUCGACGUCACGUGAUAGCAAUGCAGAAUCCCAGAUACGACAUCUACUGGGCCUACAAUGAAACCAUGAAAAGCAUACAAAUUGAAUUAAUAGCCAAUGUAACAUCGUCUUGGCUUGGAAUCGGAUUCAGUCCGUCAGGUGGAAUGAAGGGGGCAGACAUAAUGACGUGUUGGGUGGACUCGAAAGGAAAGUCCAUGUUGGAGGCAAAAUAUAUCGCCAUUUUUGGGCUUGAACAGGACAGAUUUGGACAAUCCGCAGAUGGAGCCCCGACUUUAGACACGCAGCAAAACACAAUUUUGGAAUCCGCUUUUGACAAUGGAACCCACACGGGAUGCAAAUUCAACAGAACAUUAAAUACCUGCGACACCAAGCAAGACUUGAUUCUGACGAAUGAAUUGACAAAAUUGAUCUUCGGACUCGGAGAACUGGAUCGAAAGACGAAUGACGAAUUGAAGUACCAUUCAAAAAACCGAGGAUCAAUGUCGGUUUAUUUGCUGGAUCCUCCUAAUCUUGGUGAUGCUGAAAGCUCUGUCUUCAAGAGUUACAAAACCUUCAACAUAACAAACCCUCCAGUCACCAUCCCAGGAAACAUGAGCACCUCUUACAUGUGCUCAAUACACAAGGGUAUUUCAUUUGACAAGCCACUGCAUUAUGUUGGGGGAUUCAUGUACCCCAGAAACGUGGGUUACCCAAUCCCAUUGGCCAGUGAAGGGCCCAAGUUUUACCGCUUGGAGGUGCACUAUGACAAUGCUGAGAAAAAGGAGUUCAAGGACUCUUCAGGAAUCUCCAUGCUUUAUUCAGAUCGACCCAGACCAACCAAUGCAGCCAUUAUGGAAAUUGGUUUGACCUAUGGGCCCCUGCAGGGGACAGAAGUUUCGGUGCCCGUAGGAUACCCCAAGGUAUCCAACAUCUACAUCCCACCAAAAACCGGAAACUGCUCUUCCGGUCUAAGGAUUUCCAAAUUGAACCAGAAGUUGCUCCAGUUUUUUGAUGACAUCCCAAAACGAUAUGUAUUGGCAGUGUUGGCAUUUUUUGGCUUUGUCACUGAAUAUGCCCUGAGGAUCAACAUCAAUGUGGCAAUUUUGGCCAUGGUCAACAACACAGCCAUUCCUCAUUUGCCUGUGGAAGGAUUUGCAGCCUGUGACCUCAACGUGUCAGCUGUUCUUGGGAAUGCUACACAAAGAACUGAUCUCUUGGCAGAUGGAGAAUAUGAGUGGGAUGAAGAGAUCCAGGCUCUUGUUCUGGGCUCAUUUUUCUGGGGAUACAUAUUAACUUCAAAGCUGCUGUUUGGUGGCUCUUUGAUGGUGGCAUCCAUGAUCACUUUCCUGACACCACUGGCUGCCUCUUGGGGCCACUUGUCAGUGGUUCUCCUCAGGGUGUUUGUAGGGAUGUUGCAAGGGGUGGCUAACCCAGCAAUGCAUGCUAUGCUUGCAGAAUGGGCACCUCCCAGUGAAAGGGCCAAGCUCACUUCUGCUGUUUAUGCAGCUCACUUUGGAGCUGCUUUGGGGAUCAUUGGAGUCAUAUAUUCUCAAUGUGACUAUUUGUGGACCAUGAUUUUCCUCACUUUCGCCAUUACAUUUCAAGGAGCAUCAAAUGCUGGGUUUAUGACAAACUUGAUUGAUAUUGCACCCAAUUUUGCUGGGACACUUUAUGGGGUUUCAAAUUUCUUUGGGACUGUGGCUUCAUUUCUGGCACCAGUAACAGCUGGAAUGAUCACAAAAGGAAAUCAAACUGUGCAACACUGGAACAAAAUACUGUGGAUAGCAGCGUGCAUGUACGUGGCAAGCAACAUCUUCUACCUCAUGUUCAGCGACAGCAGAGAGGCCUGGUGGAACAGACCAAAAAAUGAGGAUGAGGAGAAUGAGACUGAGAUACAAGAUGUCGCUCCAGACUACAACGCGCGUCGUGGAUCCACCGUCAGGCGGUCGAUCGUCAUUCCAAUUUAUGUAGUGGACACAAAACCGGUGUAUUGA